AAAAAUUUUAAGUUGAUAAGCUAAAGCAAUGUUUAAUCAAUGUAUCAUUGACCAUAAAGCUGCAUCUGCGGAUACGCCGAUUUGGCCUUAUAUCGGUGGAUUUCUUUGAGAAUUCGGGUGAAAAAUGGGCAGUGGUUUGUUGGAAGCACAAACGUUGAGGGGGACGACUCCUGUUCUCCGUUACAGCAUAAGAGGGGAGAGCGUGGAAGUCGCCUAUGAAAGAGAAAUGUCUAGGCACUGGAAUAGAAACUAGUCAUAAUCGUCGAAUUGAAUACUGCAGAAUUCAAUAAUUUCAGUGGGCCUUCUCUCUCAAGGCCCAGACAAGACUAUGGAGUCGGAUCUGUAUUCUGACCUGCUGCCGCGGGGCCACCCAGUAAAAUUCCCCAACCAACUUACCCGGAACUCUGUCAAACACCUCGGAAAAGUUAUCUGCAGGUCGUGACUUCCGGCGGUGUGCAUCUCCCGUUGUGACUGCAGUUGAAAAACGCGGACUCUUUUCAGCGGAUCAUGAGGAAGAAUGCACUGCCUACUGCUCUUGAAGUCUCGACGCUGCAUCGCCUCUCCCCUGCCACCGGAAGAAGCUGGUCGCAGAGGUGUAAAGAGGAGGAAUCCAGUCUGGAAGUAUAUCUCUUUGGCCCUUUCUUCAUCGAUCGCUAAAGUCUUUUACUACCAGAGGCAGAUGAGGAAAGGAGGGAAAGGUCAGUGUCUUCCUUCACUAAAAGGAGCUCUUCGUGUUCCUCGCCUCUCAGUCAGGUGCCUGCUUAGAACGAAAGUGUCAGUCUCUUCCAAUCGAGGGGAUCAGUUAUUGAGUGGUUCUUUCUGUUCGUACUUCUCUUUUAGGUCUGUUUGCACUCUUGAUCACAGUUCUGCUCCAUUUAUCUUAUAACUGAAAAUUAUAUCUUAUUUUGAACGAAAGGAAAUUUUGCUCAUUUACCUAAUUUUUGCCCAAACACAAAAUAUUUUAAACAUGGUGAUUUUUUUUCUCCACAUCCAUUCUAUACAUGUCCUUGUUAUUUAAAUAUAUGACAAUUUUUCAUUUUUUUUCUUUCAAUUAUUGACAUGAAGAAUAUCAAAGCUGAAAUGAUAUUCUUCCUCAUCCGUCUCACAUCUAAGUAAACCGAUACUUAUGAAAUUGACUCGUAAAAUUUAACCAUGACGUGAGAUGACCGGGAUCUAUGGCUAAGAAGUGGUCAGUGGCUAUAGACAUCAAGGCACGUUGACAAGUCUUCUCCUACCCACGCACCUGUAUUCCGAUCUGGAAAGACCAAUGCAAUUGAAGGCUUGCCCACGCAAGCGAACGACCGCAUUAACUUCACCUACUGGUACUUCAUCUUCUUGCCUCUCUUCAGUCUCCACACAAAAAGAAGGACAGGGAGAUAGAUCACUGGGAUUCUCUUGAGUCUCAACGAAAAAAGGCCAGGGAGAUCACUUGGAGUCAGAUUGUCAAGACUUCUUGGAGAAGAGAUAAUUAUAAGAUCGCAAAGAAGAAGAUGGCUUCACAUGGUUUCUUCCUUCUGCUCUGUUGGUCGGCUUCCCUCUUCUUAGCAGGAGCACAAGAAGGGUUUCUCAACAUCGACUGCGGACUGACAGGGACUUCAGACUACACCAAUCAGGCCGACAACCUCACCCAGACUCCCGACGAUAUCUACGUAGAGAGUGGCGUCAAGACGCCGAUAGACCCCAUGUACAGCGCCCUGAAUAACAUCGAGCACAGAGUGUACAACACGGUGAGAUAUUUCCCCACCUACAAAAGAAACUGCUACCGCCUGCCGGCGACUAAGGGCACCAAGUACAAGUAUCUCCUCCGGUCUUCUUUCAUGUAUGGUAACUACGACCGCCUCAACCGCCCGCCGAGCUUCGACGUCUAUUUCGGCGUGGACCUGUGGGACACAGUGAAGUUGGAUAAUAGCACUCAUCACUAUCGGUCGGAAUUGGUCGCCGAAGCAACAUCCACAACCUUCUAUGUUUGCCUUGUCAAUGUCGGAAAAGGGACGCCUUUCAUUUCCGGUUUGAAGCUCCGGCCACUUACUCAGAACAUGUACGCACCGGCCAACAGCUCCCAGGCGCUCACAACUCACAAGCGGGUGGACGUUGGAGGGAACUCUUCCACAUCCAUAAGGUGGCCCGGCGACCGGUAUGAUCGUAGAUGGGAUCCAGACUAUGGUGCAUAUGGAACACCAAAGAGCACUCGGGAGUCCGUGACGGAGGAUGUACACGACGGUCAUCCAUCCUUCGGGUUGCCGGUGCCUGUGAUGCAGACUGCGGUGUAUUCGAGGGAGAUAGUUAUCCGCUGGGUCGGGGCGCAAGACAGCAGUUUCUAUCUCUUUUUAGACUUCGCCGACGUGGUGAAGCCGGCCUCCGGCGGUCCGAGGCAAAUGAACGUCCAGCUCAAUGGGCAAGACUGGAGAGCGACCAAUGUUACGUACCUCUUGAGCUCUUUUCUGUAUACGGAAGCUCCAACAGUCGAUUCUCAGUACUCAUUUUCCAUACGAUCGACCAAUGCUUCCGACGAAGGCGCCGUGCUCAACGCCUUCGAGGUCUACAAAGUCUUCCAGCUGUCUGGCUCUGCUACUGAUACCAUCGAUGUUUUAGUUCUAACGGAUAUCAAGCAAUUCUAUCAACUAAAGAAAAACUGGGUGGGAGAUCCUUGUUUUCCUAAAGAUUAUCCUUGGGAUGGCAUAGAAUGUGACGAUUCUUCAACACCAAAAAUACAGACUCUGGAUCUUUCCAAUAGUGAGCUAAAUGGUACAAUCACAGGACUUAUUUCAAAACUCACGGCACUGAAAACAUUGAACUUGUCGGGGAACAACCUGUAUGGACCAGUGCCAGACGUUUUGCAAGAGUUGCGCAAUGUGCUCCAUAUAGAUCUGUCGAACAAUCACCUCUCUGGGUCAAUUCCAUUGAGUUUGCUCGAAAGAAAUAAGAGUGGAGAAAUCGUGCUGAGCAUUGAGAACAAUCCCCUGAUUUGCCAAAGCGACAGAUGCAGUAAAGAUCGUAAGGGCAGGAGCCUUGUUAUUGUGAUCUCCGUGGUGGUACCUUUAGCGGUUGCAGCACUAAUUCUAUUCUUGGUGAUCAACAUGAUCAAGCGAAGAAAACAGGGCAAACUGGAGGUAGGCAGGGCUGUAACAAUGAACAGAGAAAUGAUAGGCAGUCCUUUGUGGCCACAUGCAACCCCUGGAUACAGCAAAAAUGGCAUUUUUACUUACUCCGAAGUGAUGGCAAUGACGAAUAACUUUCAGAAAGUUAUUGGUAAAGGAGGGUCUGCCACUGUCUUCUAUGGAGUCCUCAAUGAUGGACGUGAAGUUGCAGUAAAGAAGAUGGCUACAAGUCUUGUAGAACGAGGACCCAAGGAAUUUGCUGCUGAGGUCUGCAUGGUUAAGAUGUUGAUGCAAGUUCACCAUAAACACUUGACGCCUUUUGUUGGCUACUGCAACGAUCAAACAGAAAUGAUCCUUAUUUAUGAGUACAUGUCCAAUGGAAACCUUCAGAAACUACUUUCAGAUAAAACAGCCAAUGUACUGAACUGGCGACAACGAUUGCAGAUUGCUUUGGAUGCAGCAAUCGGCUUGGAAUACUUGCAUUCAGGGUGCAUACCUGCAUUCAUUCACAGAGAUGUCAAGUCGAGCAACAUUCUUCUUAAUGAGAAACUUGAAGCAAAGAUUGCAGAUUUUGGGCUAUCAAAAAGUAUAAUUUCUGAUGAAUUUUCACACGUUACAACUGGUGUUGCUGGCACAAUUGGAUACUUGGACCCUGAGUAUAUCUACACCAGCAAGCUGACUGAGAAAAGUGACGUGUAUAGCUUUGGGGUAGUCCUGUUUGAGCUCAUUACAGGUCAACCUGCCAUAGCAACUGAUGCUGAAGGACAAAGGUUCUCAUUAGUUCAAAUUGUGGUAUCGGAACUAAGGAGUGGGGAUAUCAACAGUAUUAUUGACCCCAGGCUACAUGGGCAGUAUGAAAUCAGCUCCAUAUGGAAAGUUGCGGAGACAGCGAUGACAUGCACUAGUGAGAAGUCGGUCGUUCGGCCUACCAUGACUUUGGUUGUGGCUCAGUUGAAGGAAGCCAUGGAGAUGGAGGCAUCUACUGAGAGAAGUGGAAGUUGGAGGAUUUUGGCAAGCCCAUCAGAUUCAUUAUCAGGAGGCAGAACAACGUUAAGCGCCACUGGUCUGUCUGACACAGAUGUAGCCAUUUAUCCGUCUGCAAGGUAAAAGAGAACCAUUGACAUGCAACACUCUUUUUAUCUAAUGCUCUCAUGAGGUUGGUUCUCAGGCAAAGAACGUAAGCUAAAGUAGUUCUUCACAUUGUUUCCAAUUUUCCUGUGGAGAUGUUCCUCAAUCCUUUUCAAAGUCCGCCCAAGCUCUUCAUAUUCAUUUUGCUGUGAACUAUAUUUCACCGAUAUUUUUCACAUAUAAUUGGUUCAUGCACUU